CUAGCAUGCUCAUUUUGACUACUACUGACGAGAAUUGCAUUUUCCGUGUCGAAUCGGAUCACCCGAUGUGUUCCACGAAGUUUACCACUGACCUACAGAUGUGGUAUAAGUACUCACAUUCUGUACAUGAAUCAUAAAUAGAAGUAUCGAUCCGUGCGUACAACAGAAACACCGAGUAAAAGUACUACUGUUUUGCUACCGGCACAUCCCCAGACAGCUAUUUGGGUAUUGAUUGACCUCUGACCUGUGACGUAACAGCAGUAGGCCACUGACCUAAAAAAAAACCCAACAAAAGAAUAACACACGCCAUCUUGGUACUCCCAAAACGCGUGGAGGACAUGAAAUACGACAAAUAGUGACAAGAUGAUGAACAUGCGCCGCGAUAUCGCUAUUUUAGCAGUAGUUACGUAGUAGAGUCACAGUUUGGAAACAACGUAUGUAAAUAAGCAUUUACAAAGUCUUUGUUUGUGAAUAUCUAACUUAACCACAUACCGCUAUGUAUGUACAUAUCCGCAGCGUAUGGUCCGGCGCGGCUACUGUACGGAAAAACGAAACUCCGCCGAGUGGGUGCGGCUUACUAACCUUUGCACUCUGUCGUCCAGAAAAUACGCUCAAGUGUGGCAACUGCGGCGAGAUUCCGGACAAAUGGCAGUACGUCAACCUGGCGGAGAGCGCCCCGUUAAAAGGAGGAAGGGGAAGCGCCAGCAUGGUUCAGAAGUGUAAACUUUGCUCCAGGGAAAAUUCCAUUGGUAAGAGCUUGCGAGCAAUUUCUUCGAGCUUUGCAACUCGUGCAGAGAGAGAUUUCUUUCUUGCAGAUAUCCUUGAGGACACCAUCGCGCCUUACAAUGCCGAGGACAGUGAGAAGUUCAAGACGAUGGUGCAGUUUGAAUGUCGAGGUCUGGAGCCCGUUGACUUCCAGCCACAAGCGGGCUUCGCUGCGCAGGGAACCGAGUCUGGAACCGCCUUUCCGGAAGUAAACCUGCUAGAAAAAGAUUGGACAGACUACGAUGAGAAGGUCAAAGAGUCGGUGGGAAUUUACGAGGUCACGCACCGGUUCAUCAAGUGCUGAAGUCACGUGACGUGGCUUCAGGAACACUGCGGACAGAUUGUCUCGUUUCCACGCGGACGGACCGACGGAUUCGGACGAUUUCAUAGCCUCAAUCAAUUCGACUUUCCACGAACAUAUACAUAUAUAUUAGCACAGCUCCAUUCACAGCUGUUUACAACGAUGUCAAUAAAAAUGAAAGGACAAA